UGAUAGGCCGUGGGAAUGGAGGACCCUGCACUGCAGAGCGCAUCGAAGAAGGCGAGAAUUGAGUCUUCCUUUUAUCUCUUUUAUAUUUUCAUCGGCAGCUUUUUCUUCUACUGUAAUUGCUUCGACAAGAAGAAUGGGAGCAGCGGAAACCCUAGCCGGAAGCGGCACUAGAAGCACCGCCAUCUUCCCGCCUUGAAAGCAACACGACCGCCGACGUUGAUGUUCUAUUAUUCUCGCUCUCUCUCUCUCUCUCUCUCUCUCUCUCUCUCUCGUUCAUGAUUCUGCUCUCGAAUCGAUAAACCCUAGCUCGUAAAUCUUUAAUCUCGGCAUCGCAGAGGGUGUGGAGUCGCUUGAUUGGGUGAAUUUUGUUUUGGCUUUGAAAUUGGUCGGAAAUGUCGUCUUUGAGCAGAGAAUUGGUGUUUCUGAUCCUGCAAUUUCUGGAAGAGGAGAAGUUCAAGGAGUCCGUGCACAAAUUGGAGCAAGAGUCGGGCUUCUUCUUCAACGUGAAGUACUUUGAGGAGAAAGCCAUGGCUGGAGAGUGGGACGAAGUUGAGAAGUACCUCUCAGGUUUCACCAAAGUCGAUGAUAAUCGUUACUCCAUGAAGAUUUUCUUCGAGAUCAGGAAGCAAAAAUACCUUGAAGCUUUAGACAGGAAGGACAGAGCAAAGGCUGUUGAGAUACUGGUGAAGGAUUUGAAAGUGUUUUCAACAUUUAAUGAAGAACUUUACAAAGAAAUAACACUACUUCUAACUAUGGAGAAUUUCAGGGAGAAUGAGCAGUUAUCCAAAUAUGGGGACACUAAAUCAGCUCGAAGCAUAAUGCUUGCGGAGCUUAAGAAAAUGAUUGAAGCAAAUCCUUUGUUCCGUGAUAAGCUUGCUUUUCCCACUUUGAAGACGUCACGCCUGCGAACUCUGAUCAAUCAAAGUUUGAACUGGCAGCACCAGCUGUGCAAGAACCCAAGGCCAAACCCCGACAUUAAAACCUUAUUCACUGAUCACACUUGUUCCCCCCCAAAUGGAGCUCGUGCACCUCCCCUUGUCACUCUUCCGGUAGCAGCAGGUGCAAAGCCUACUUAUGCUCCAAUAGGAGCACAUGGUGGACCCUUUCCACCAGCUGUGGCAGCUGCUAAUUCUAAUGCUCUAGUAGGCUGGAUGGCGAAUGGCAAUGCUUCCUCAUCUGUUCAGUCAGCUGUUGUUGCUGCAUCGUCAAUUCCUGUUCCAUCAAAUCAAGUUUCUGUUUUGAAACAUCUUAGAACAACUUCAAAUGCUCCUGGAGUGAUUGAUUAUCAAAAUAAUGAUCAUGAUCAACUAAUGAAACGUUUGCGGCCUGCACAAUCUGUUGAUGAGGUCACAUAUCCUGCACCUCAAGCAGCUUCAUGGUCACUUGAUGACUUACCAAGGACUGUGGUUUGCACCAUGCAUCAGGGAUCCACUGUGACAAGCAUAGAUUUCCAUCCUUCUCAUCAUACGUUACUUGUUGUUGGCUGUAGCAAUGGUGAAAUAACACUAUGGGAAAUUGGGUCACGAGAGAGGCUGGUGUCGAAGCCAUUCAAGAUAUGGGACAUGACUGCAUGUUCAGCACAGCUUCAGGCGACUAUUGUCCAAGAUAUGUCAAUAUCUGUCAAUCGCUUAGCAUGGAGUCCUGAUGGAAAUUUUAUUGGGAUUGCAUUUUUGAAGCAUUUGAUUCAUUUGUAUGCUUUUCAAGGGCCCAAUGAUCUACGCCAACAUCUACAGAUCGAUGCCCAUGCUGGUGGCGUAAAUGACCUGGCAUUUUCUUAUCCGAACAAACAGCUAUGUGUUGUAACUUGUGGGGAAGAUAAGUUAAUAAAGGUUUGGGAUUUAGCUGGAAGAAAGCUUUAUAACUUUGAAGGCCAUGAGGCACCUGUUUAUUCUGUUUGUCCCCACCAGAAGGAAAAUAUUCAGUUUAUAUUAUCUACUGCACUUGAUGGGAAAAUAAAGGCUUGGUUGUAUGACAAUAUUGGCUCCAGGGUUGACUAUGAUGCUCCUGGGCAGUGGCGUACAACAAUGCUGUAUAGUGCUGAUGGAAGUAGAUUGUUCUCUUGUGGGGCUAGCAAAGAUGGGGAAUCUUACCUAGUUGAAUGGAAUGAAAGUGAAGGAGCAAUAAAGAGGACCUAUGCUGGGUUUAGUAAGAAAUCACCAGGUGUUGUGCAGUUUGACACGACACGAAAUCGUUUUCUUGCUGCUGGUGAAGAUAACCAAAUAAAAUUUUGGGACAUGGAUAAUUCUAAUGUCCUCACAAGUAUAGAUGCCGAGGGUGGACUUCCAUGUCUUCCCCGAUUGAGAUUCAACAACGAAGGAAAUCUUCUAGUUGUUAGCACUGCAGACGCUGGAUUCAAGGUCCUUGCAAAUGCUGAUGGCAUCCGAUCGUUAAGAACAAUUGAAAGUAGACCUUAUGAAGCAGCCAAAGCACCCACUGAACCUUCUGUAGCAAAGGUCCCUGGCUCUCUGACAGUCGCAAAUUUCAAUCCGGUCUUUAAUAGCGUGGAACAUACAGACAAUAGCUCUCCUGUCAGGCCUGCUGCUAUGCCUAAUGGAGUUGAUCCCACAGCCAGAAGCAUGGAGAAGUCAAGAACUUCAGAGGAUGUAUCCGAUAGGCCCAAGCCAUUGGAGCUCACUGAGAUUGUAGAUCCUAUUCAGUGCCGAACGGUUACCAUGCCAGAGACUACAAAUCCUGCCAGCAAGAUUGUUCGACUUCUUUACACAAAUUCUGGCACUGGCAUUUUGGCUCUUGGGUCAAAUGGUGUUCAGAAGCUAUGGAAGUGGAGCCGUAGUGAACAAAAUAUGAGUGGGAAGGCCACUGCCCGUGUUGCUCCGCAACAUUGGCAACCAAACAGUGGCCUUCUUAUGACCAAUGAUGUACCAGAGAAUUCUGAAGAAGCAGUUCCAUGCAUCGCACUCUCAAAGAAUGAUUCUUAUGUAAUGUCUGCUUGUGGAGGAAAAGUUUCAUUGUUCAAUAUGAUGACUUUUAAGGUAAUGACAACAUUUAUGCCGCCACCGCCGGCUUCAACAUACCUAGCAUUUCAUCCCCAAGAUAAUAACAUAAUAGCAAUUGGAAUGGAAGAUUCAACCAUUCACAUUUACAAUGUUAGGGUAGAUGAGGUUAAAACAAAAUUGAAAGGUCAUCAGGAGCGGAUUACUGGUUUAGCAUUUUCUACGAGUCUUAACAUCUUGGUGUCAUCGGGGGCUGAUGCUCAACUUUGCUUUUGGAACAGUGAUAAUUGGGAUAAGAGGAAAUCGAUUUCAAUUCAAUUGCCUGGUGGAAAGGCGCCCGCUGGUGACACUAGAGUGCAGUUUCACUCUGACCAAGUCCGCUUGUUGGUAUUCCACGAGACACAACUUGCAGUAUAUGAUGCUUCGAAGAUGGAUUGCAUUCGGCAGUGGAUGCCGCAAGAUGUACUAUCUGCCCCUGUAUCGUUUGUCGCAUUUUCCUGCAAUAGUCUACUAAUUUAUGCCACAUUCACUGAUGGUAAUGUUGGGGUGUUUGAUGCUGAUAGCCUAAGAUUGAGAUGUCGAAUUGCACCAUCUGCAUACAUAUCGAAGGCUUUGUCAAACAGCCAAAUUGUUUAUCCACUUGUCAUUGCAACGCACCCACAGGAGCCAAAUCAAUUGGCUGUUGGACUGACUGAUGGAACAAUUAAGGUUUUAGAGCCCUUAGAAUCUGAGGGGAAGUGGGGCGUUACAGCCCCUGUUGAUAAUGGAAUUCAGAAUUGCAGGACAGCAGCAUCCUCUGCCACCAGCAAUCCCACUGCUGAGCAGCUCCAAAGAUGAGAACUGGCUACUUGCUGUCUUAAUUUAUAUCAAUUUGUAUCUCAUUGUGUACAAUAUUAGGUCGAUUUUUUUGCUUUUCAUACACAUCAAAUUAUUGUGGAAGCAUAGUUGUGGCUGAAGGAAGAUAAAAGUAUGUGUACAUUAUGUUUUAGUUGUCUCAUAAAUGUAAUUAUUUCUUUUGAAAAUACAUAUAUAAUCUAUAUAUAUCUUGGCAAUUUGAUAUUUUAUGGAAA